GGUUGAGAAAUGCAGAGUCAUAGGAAACUCAAUUCUGCCAGUUUAUCAUGGAUGUGUGAGAGAGGGACAUAUACACAGAGUCGCAGUCACUUUACAGGCGAACACACACAUGUACAGUCUGCUCAUAUUCAUUUAUGUGUCUUUCACAGUACGGGACAGUGAUGCGUGUCACUCUUGUCAACCUGUCAUUGUUAAUUGAUGUGUAUCCCAGCAGUUGUGGCACCAUGUUGCUUUCUGGAGCUGUCCUCCCUGUUGCCUCUCUAAAAACUGCAAUGCAGAAGAGACUCCGGACCCCAAAUAACACUGCCUAACAACUUGAACCCACAUUUACUGCUCAGAGAGAGAGAGAGGAGGAGGAGAGAGGACAGGAGCAGAGAAGGGGUGAGAGGAAGGAAGGGAGAGACAGACAGUAAGGAGGGAAAAAGUUGAGUAUGUGCCAGAUUUUAGCCGAUUUUUUCAGAGACAGAGAGAGAGAGAGAGAGAGAGAGAGAGAGAGAGAGAGAGAGAGAGGAGGCAGGGCUGCUGUUGAACAGACUAGCUGCAGUUGUCUUCAGUCCUUCAGUGCUUCAAUGCUCUUCACUUCUGUUUUACCGGCUGGAUUGCGCGAGUCCCUCAAUAGGCGCGUCCGUGAGAGUGCGUGUAUGUGUGUGUGUCAGAGGGUGUUUGUGUGUGUGUCUGAGCAGUAUCGGGACCAUAGCACUGCGGAUUUGUGUGCAGCAUAUUCUGUGGACUGAUGCCCUCUGCUUCUCCAAAUAGGACACACAGAUUUACCUGCUUAACAGAGGUCCGAGGGCAACCGAAAAACAGAGCCAGAUCCUUGUGCUUCCAGGUUUCUUGAGACCUGGACAGGCCUUUGACAGAAGGAAUCUUAUGUUUGAUGUUAGGAACUGCAAGCACAGAUUGAUCUAGUGCACAGCUGCUGAGAAGUGUCCAGUAGUCUGCCCCCACGCAGCAUCUUUAGGACUUCUGGGAAACUGACAACUGAACUAAACUGCUGAGAUAGACAGGUGCACGUGACAAAAAGAAGGGAGAAGAAAGUGAAGUGAAAGAUGGAGACACAGAGCAGAGGACGUCUGAGAGGAGGAGGCGGUGGCGUGGCUUUAGAAAGAACUGCAUCCUGUCUUCUGCUCACACUCAUCUUUGGUGUGUGUUGUGUUCAUGCUCUGGAGAUGUCUACUGGUAAGAUUCCAUUUCUAGAAGCAGUGAACGGCAGCACAGUGCUUCUGCCUUGCACCUAUGCCAGCUGUAUUGGAAUCACUAACCUCUACUUCAAAUGGGAGUUCAAUGAUAAUGGCACCAUGGUGAAGCUGGCUGAUUCUGUAAUUCCAACGGAUCAUGUGGAGGCAAAUAACGUGAAAGUUUACCAUGAGAGGGUGAACUUUGUCGGCUCCAGUAAAGGAAAUAACAUCUCCAUCCUGCUUUGGAAUAUAACAUUUGAAGAUGCAGGUGUCUACACCUGCUUUGGCAAAAACCCCAAAGAGAAGGGCAAGAAUCACAGCGCCAUUUUCACUCUAUAUGUAGUAGAGGAAUUAAGGGUGGUUGAUAACACACUCACCAUCAUUAUUGCCUCCUGUGUUGGUGGAUUCAUUGCUUUUUUAAUGGCCUUCAUGCUGCUAAAGAACUUCACUCUGUUCGUUCUCGCAAAGAUUGAGGAAAAAAAUAAGGAGUGCCUUGUCACCUCUUCAGGGAUUGAUAACACCGAGAACGGUCUGUCGGGCUCCAAAUCUACACCAAAGAAAGCAUGACAGCGUGCAACCAAACACAGUCCCACAUGCACAUGAAAACAUGGAUCAGCCAUCAUGCAUUGCCCUCUCUUUUUAUUUACAUCUGUGUUUACAAAUGCUAUACUUAAGUUUUUAUGAUACAGAGCAAUCAUAGUAUUAAACAAGAUUUUCAUUCAUAACAUUUCCAUGGAUGAUAUUCACAUGACUCAUUUAGUUGAUGCAUAAACACAGAUAUGAAUAAAAAGAGGGGCAUAAUGAAUAUCUGCAUAUAUUUCAAUUUAUAUAUGCAUUUUAAUAUGCACCACACAUGCAGCCUCACGCACUUUAGUUUCUUGGCCCACACAAUAUCUGUGGGCUGUAUUUAUUCUUAUGAUAGAAAAAUGAAAUAUUUUCUUUAACAAUGCUUGACACAGGGACAAAUGUAGGUGUGCUAUUCAUUUAUUUCAUUGAACUGGACUGUAAAGCUGAGAAGGGCCCAUGGCCUUAUUUGUAUUUGACUAAAAUAGUUGUGAAAGGAGUACAUUUCUUGGGUUAAAAAAACAAACAAACAAACAAAACAUGCAGUGCUGUUUGUCAAAUGGCCAUUGACUUUGAAAAUAUAUCUGUUGUAGAAAGAUCAGUUAUGCAACAGUGAUUUGCAUCGUUUCACUGACAGACUGUCAUAGCUGGUUAAUAACACUGCAUGUUUUAAUGCAGUACCUCUAAAUAGAGCAAAAAAAUUUAAAUCAGCAGAACUCUGAUUGCAAUAAGCAUGAAGGGAGAAUUAAGCCUUAUUUGAACAGUCUUGAGUCCAGUUUAAAAUAAACCUCAUUACCGUUUUUGCUUGAAAAUGAAACACAGGUGCCUGUUAACGCUUCUGUCGCCACCUUUUGGUGAGGAUGAUUGAAUCAAUGCAGAACAUUACAAUGCAAAAAAAAAAAAAAAAAAAAAACUGCAAAAGCCACCAAACAGUUAGUAAAAACAAGCUAAUGAAUGAUACUUGACAAUCUGUAGAAAUCAGUAUCCUCUUAGAAAAAUUCCAGAAUUAAACUUUGAAAAUGCUGCUUCAAAUAAUUUCCAAUGAAUUAUAGCAUGUGGUAAAUGGCCAGAAGUUGUAGGAGUACAUGGCUGACUAUAACAGUAGAAACAUAUGUAAUGCUUUUUUAUUGAAAUAUUGAAUCAAAAUUGUCACAUACUGAACAUAAUUAUCAUUAGCUUUGAAACUAAAAAAUAGCUUGGUGAAUUCCCUCACUUAACAAAAUAUGAAUACCAUAAAGGAAAAAAAUAAAAUAAAAACAACAUAAUAUAACCUUUUGAUGCAAACAGACAUACUGUGACCUGAAAACCAUGCAACUCACCCUGACAUAAUGAAAAUGCAAUAUUUAAAGGCAAUAAACUUAUCAUCAUACAGUCAUGCAGAACAACUAAGUGAAACCAUAUAUAUGAUGUAAAUAUUGAUUUAAUAAUCGAGACAUGACUGAAUGUAGUCUCACAGGUUUUCAGAAGUUUAGCUAAUAAGCAUUUCAAACUUUCACUUGAAGGAUUCAGGGAAUUCAGUGGAGACGAGAGAAGGGACUGACGUCAAGCAAGUCUGGAGAGGUCUGUUCAUUCAUUUAGAAAUUAAAUAAGAUUAAUCAAUAGAUAAAAUGUGCCAAUAAUCUAUUAUUAAAAUACAGAGGUGCUGUACAAAACUCUAAAUGACUAGUAACAGAUUAUCCCGUCAUUUGAAAAGAUAUGUUAUUUCUUUUAGUUAUAUAUUACUUAUUGAGAUAUUUCAAUAACGAAGUUAAUAGAAAGUAAAUAUUGAAACCUCUAUUGAUCUGCUGUAGAGAGCUCACUUCUUCUGCUUGAAGAAUUUUACAGGUCUUUGGAUUUUGCAAUUGUUGCUGAAUCUUGGGUGAUGUUGGUCAUGAAAGUCUUCCUUGAAAAAGCAGCUUGUCUUCAGUGCCAAAAGAAGUUAACUCUAGAUGAAUAAUCUAGCUAUAGAGCACAAAAGGAGAAGUCUGGUCAAUAAAUAUUAUAUUUGGACCUGAACAAAAAUCUAGUAGCGGUCCUCUCAUACCCCUAUGUAACAUCACUAAAUGUAGAUUGAAACAGCGAUUUCAUUUUGAAACGGUAUCUUAUAUUUAACAUGGUAAAAAAGGGGAGUAUCUUAAAUUAUUCUGUUUGUUAAAGGGUUCCUUCAACAAACAGUUGUGAUAAAUGUUAUUGACCCUCAGAUUCUUUUUUCUAUAUGAUCUUAUGGCACACAGGUUAGUAAAGCAAUACAUGUUUAGAGGGCUCUUUAGCUUCUUUUAAUAGGAGAAAUAUUGGAAAGGUACAUUCAUACAUUUCCAAAGCACUUGUACUACCUCUUAUUCAAACAUUUUCAUCAUAUCAUUGUGCUGAACUUGCAUUUAGUAUUUCUGCAUUUAAUGUUUUUUGAAAUGUUGGAACAGUUGAGGUUUUCUCAGGUCGCUCAUUGAAAGAGUUUGAUAUUCUGCUUGAUAUUGGGCUUUUAAUUAAUGUUUUCCUUACAGUCUUCCUUCUAUUAAUGCACUAUUUAAUUAACAACAUAUCAGUUUGGGUUGCAUUAUUUAUUUGUCAGGCUUGGCAGUAGUCACGGCCUAAUUGUGAUAAACACACAGUUUUCAACCAAACCACAGACAUUAGGAGUGAAUGCAAAGGGGAAGUUCCCACCAUCAUGUGAAGUGUAUGUUUUUCCUAAAAAGUAUUUCUCUGUUAAUCUUUUGACAUUGGAAUGUAAAGCAAAUUUCUCUGAGACCUAAAAAAAAAAAAUGUAAUGCUGCCAUAUCGUGAUAUUGUGCAUGUGUGUUCACGCAACCUGUGAUUCUAAAAAUGUGUAUGAAGCUUUGUUAAAAACCUUAAAUGAAGAAAUCACUGAGAAAAUGCAAUAACAGAGGAUGUGGUAGAAACCAAUUAAAAGGUGGAUGGCUGGUUUUAUUUUCUUCAGUUUAUUUCAGGUUAUCAUUUAAUUAACUCUGAUGCAUGAGGAAAUAUCUUUAAUUGGAAAAAAACAAAUUGGUAAUUGUUUUUUUUUACUGAAUCCGAUACAUUCAGAUGCUUUAUGAAGACCGAGCUACACUAGAUGUUGGGACAAAAAUGUAAGACCAAUGGGAAUAGAGGCCUCAAGGACUCAAAAGUCCACAGAGUCAAAAGGAACACUGUCUAAAGGAGUAAAAGUUUGGAAAAUCAUAAACUUGGAAUUUGGAACACCAACCUGAUAGUCGAUCUCAGCUCAUUGUUUGACAUCAGUCCCUGUAAAACUGAAUGUAAAACACAUGCUGUAUCAUACAUGCUCCACUUGGCCCAUAAUCCCGAAUUCUCGAUCCCACUGUUUCCUUAAGCCAGUGUGCAGCCUGUUACUCCCCAUUGGACUGCACAGUCAUGCAUAUUAUAUUUCUUUAUAAGAAGCAGCAACUGAAAUAAAAUGUUUUGGAUAAAACAAA